CCCUCCUCCUCCAGUGCCCUCCUCUUCAGAGUUGCAGCUCCUCACUUCACCCCCUCCUCCUCCUCUGAGUGGAUCCUGCCCAGAGCUCUUCUUCCUCUGAGCUCCUCCUCCUGUUCCUGCUGGGCUCCCGACACCUCUGGCCUCUCCUCCUCUCCUGGCUGGGCUUCAGAACACACCGGUAAAGGCAGAGCUUGCAAGUCUGCCCCUCUGCUGCGGGACAGGUGGCUGGAGUGAGGACCAAGAGGUGUUUCCCGAGAAACCCAGAGAGCAGCAGGGCAGCCAUGAGGCUCCUCACGGGGACUGAGCUGUGGUCCGUGGCCAUAUUCAUGGUCAUCUUCCUGCUUCUGGUGGACCUAAUGCACCGGCGCCAGCGCUGGACACCCCGCUACCCCCCAGGCCCUGUGCCCCUGCCUGUGCUCGGGAACCUGAUGCAGAUGGACUUCCAGAAUAUGCCAGCGGGCUUACAAAAACUGCGGUGCCGCUUUGGGGACCUGUUCAGCCUCCAGCUGGCCUUUGAGUCAGUGGUCGUACUGAACGGGCUGACGGCCCUGCGCGAGGCGCUGGUGAGAUACAGCGAGGACACCGCGGACCGGCCGCUGCUGCACACCAAUGACCAUUUGGGCUUUGGACCGCGCUCUCAAGGUGUGGUCCUAGCGCAGUACGGGUCUGCCUGGCGUCAGCAGCGGCGCUUCUCUGUGUCCACCUUCCGCCACUUCGGCCUGGGCAAGAAGUCACUAGAGCAGUGGGUGACUGAGGAGGCCAGAUGCCUCUGUGCGGCCUUCACUGAGUAUGCCGGACGCCCUUUCCGGCCUAACGCUCUACUGGACAAAGCGGUGUGUAACGUGAUCGCAUCCCUCCUCUACGCCUGCCGCUUUGAGUACGAUGACCCACGCUUCAUCAGGCUACUGGACCUCCUGAAAGAGACUCUCAAGGAGGAAGCUGGCUUCCUGCCCAUGUUCCUGAAUGUGUUCCCGAUACUCCUGCACAUCCCAGGGCUGCCUGGCAAGGUCUUCUCUGGGAAAAAGGCCUUCAUGGCUAUUCUGGAUGAGCUGCUAACUGAACACAAGACAACCCGGGACCCUGCCCAGCCACCCCGAGACCUGACUGAUGCCUUCCUGGAGGAGGUGGAGAAGGCCAAAGGGAACCCUGAGAGCAGCUUCAAUGAUGAGAACCUGCGUAUAGUGGUGGCUGACUUGUUCAUGGCGGGGAUGGUGACCUCUUCGACCACACUGGCCUGGGCCCUGCUCCUCAUGAUCCUGCACCCAGAUGUGCAGCGCCGAGUCCACCAGGAGAUCGAUGAAGUCAUAGGGCAGGGGCGGAGUCCAGAGAUGGCAGACCAGGCCUCCAUGCCCUACACCAAUGCUGUCAUUCAUGAGGUCCAGCGCUUUGGGGACAUCCUCCCACUUGGUGUGCCUCACAAGACAUCUCGUGACAUUGAAAUGCAGGGCUUCCUCAUUCCGAAGGGAACGAUCCUCAUCACCAACCUGUCCUCCGUGCUGAAGGAUGAGACUGUCUGGGAGAAGCCCCUCCAGUUCCAUCCUGAACACUUCCUGGAUGCCCAGGGCCGCUUUGUGAAGCAUGAGGCCUUCAUGCCAUUCUCAGCAGGCCGCAGAGCAUGCCUGGGUGAGCCUCUGGCCCGCAUGGAGCUCUUCCUCUUCUUCACCUGCCUCCUGCAGCGCUUUAGCUUCUCGGUGCCUGAUGGACAGCCCCGGCCCAGCGACCAUGGGGUCUUUGGUGCUCUGACAACCCCGUCGCCCUACCAGCUCUGUGUUUUACCCCGCUAAGAGGAGGUACGAAAUCUCAUUCACUACCCUGCUGGGGUCCUAAUGUGCAAUAUAUCAUUUUUCUCUGAGAUCUCCAGGCUGUAAUGGACCUCAGCAGCCUCCCCUUGGACAUUCCCAACUCCCGACCUAUUCUUACAAGACCAUUUGCCCCCAGUGGAAGGACUGGUCUGUUGAACCUCAGAGGAUGACAGCUACCCUUGCCUUUUCCUCUGCCCUCACGUUUCUCACCCAAAUCGAUCAUGUUGGUACACAGAUGCCAACAUCUGGAAGGAGGGCCAGAAAGGACGGCUGAUAGCUGACAGUGUAAGUCACAUAGAAGGGAGGGGCAGGAUUCCUCCGAGAAGCCCCCAUUUCAGACUCACUUCCGCCCGCCACACAGCUGAGGCUAGCUGCUCAGUGAGCAUCCUCACAUCUGAGGCUAACUGCUCAGUGAGAAUCCUCACAGCUGAGGCUAGCUGCUCAGUGAGCAUCCUCACAGCUGAGGCUAACUGCUCAGUGAGAAUCCUCACAGCUGAGGCUAACUGCUCAGUGAGCAUCCUCACAGCUCAGGCUAACUGCUCAGUGAGCAUCCUCACAGCUCAGGCUAACUGCUCAGUGAGCAUCCUCACAUUUAUUGCUGAACUUCUUCUAUGACAUCCCAGAGAUGUAGAGAAGUCAGGGAGGCUGAAAGUGAUAUGCCAGGUUAAGUGCCCAAGAUUGGCCAUCGGGUACCAGGUGCUUCCCUAAAAGGCUUUAUGGGAGUCCAGAACCUCCCAAGCUUCUUAGUCACCACUAAUUCUCUGACCUGUCAGGGUUACUGCUGUUCCGGCCCCUGCAUAGUGAGAAGGUGCUUCUGAGACCAGGCUUGGUAGAACCAGCAAAGCUCAGUGUCAUGACAGGCUCCAGACCUUAGCACAACCGUCUCCAUGAUGGAAGUAUCAUUCAGGCCAUACAACUCAACACAGUGACUGCACCUCUUGCCGUAAUGAAAACAAAGACCCAGUCCUUCAAAGUCUGUAGUUCUGGGGAAGUCUCUAAUUGUCCUAACCUUGCUUUUGGCUUCUGUAGUUCUGCUUCUGGCUAACUGUUCUUAUUAACUGAUGUAUAUCAACCCACGAUAUGACUUUUGUACUUAAAAGCUCACCCUGAAGAAGGCUCGGGACUGCCCUGGGAUCCUGAGUACCCAGUGUAGUCGCCAACCGGCUAAUACAGACUUUCUGUCGACUUAAA